AACGCACCAACAUGAGAUCGUCUCUUCACACCGAAACCAGACGGAAGCCUACGCUUGUGCUUCAAUUACCGAGCUCUCAACAAGCAGACCAUAAAACAGUGAAUACCCGAUUCCACGAAUCGAUGACCUGCUUGACCAACUUCGGGGAGCUACGGUAUUCUCCAAACUGUAUUUGCGGUCUGGAUACUGGCAGAUACGAAUGGCAGACAAUUCCAUCCACAAAACUGCCUUCCAAACUCGUCCGUACGAGUAUCUCAAAUUGCUGCUCUACCGACUCACCAAUGCACCGGCAACCUUUCAAGUCGAAAUGAACCACAUUUUAUGCCCACUACU